CAGCACCAGACACACCCAGACCCGCUGCUGCUACUUGACGGCUGUACGGGCCGCGGCUACACAUUACCCCAUGUCAGCGACCCUCGCCCUGCCUCGUCGGCAUACCUAGCGAGAGGCGGAAGUGAGUUGGUCAGCCCCAAGGCAUGCCGGAAAUUGUAGUCUUAACAGCCGUUUCAUUCAUUGGUAACGUUGGCCUAAGGACUACAAGUCCCAGCUGCCCCAUUACAUUUGGGGAAAAAGGCUUCAGAUCACCCUAUUCGUGUUCCUUUCUCGAUACAGAAUGUCAGAAGGCGACAGCAUCGGAGAAUCAGUACAUGGCAAGACGUCGGUGGUCUAUCGGUUCUUCUCCAGGCUAGGGCAGAUUUACCAGUCAUGGCUAGACAAAUCUACACCGUACACAGCAGUGCGAUGGUUGGUGACUCUUGGCUUAGGAGUACUCUACAUGAUAAGGGUUUAUAUACUACAGGGUUGGUACAUAGUAACAUAUGCCUUGGGUAUCUACCACCUAAAUCUCUUCAUAGCAUUCUUAUCUCCUAAAGUAGACCCGUCCUUAAUGGAAGAUUCAGAUGAGGGCCCUUCAUUACCCACAAAACAGAAUGAAGAGUUUCGUCCGUUUAUCAGAAGGCUGCCGGAAUUUAAGUUUUGGCACUCGGCCACUAAAGGAAUUGUUGUCGCCAUGGUGUGCACAUUCUUUGAUGCGUUCAAUGUUCCUGUCUUCUGGCCCAUCCUGGUCAUGUAUUUUAUAAUGCUGUUCUGCAUCACUAUGAAGAGGCAAAUAAAGCACAUGGUCAAGUACAGAUACAUCCCAUUCACACAUGGCAAGCGGAAAUACAGAGGAAAGGAGGAAACCGGGAAGCCAUUCUCCAGUUAAAAGAAACUGUCACUUUUUUUUUGACUUUCUUAUGUAAAAAUGAAACCAACAAAAAAAAGAAAAGAAAAAAAAAAAACGUUUUGAGCCACUGUAUCAAUGCCUUUUUAUCCACAUAAGCAUAGGUGAUUUUAAAAGCUGGUAGCGCUCCUUUACUUUCUCGCUAAGGAUGUUUUUUACCUUCCCUCCAUAGGCAGGGUGUCACAUCAGAGUUGCUGUUGAGUGUAUUGAUACAAAUCUAAUCAGACGGCUAAAGUGGAUCCGAUUCUGCUAAACACUGUGACUUAAGGUAGACCUUUGCUCUGUGCGUAGUGGAGGCAGCUAUUUUGUAAACGAAACCAAUUCCUAUCUCAGUGAUGUCACAGGUUCCUAGAUUCUUAUAAAGUAUUGGCCUAGCUACAAAAUGGCUGCUUCCAAUGUGUGUAGCCAAUUGGUCCACUUUAAACAAAUCUAUCAAUGCACCUCUCAUUAUUUUUGCUAAUAUUUCUAAUUGAAUACAUUGAGCUCAUCUGGUUAGACUUCCAUCUGGGCAGAAAACACUAUUGGUAACUAAAUUCCUGCAGUGCCUCAUUUGGCUUUUUCCUAUUUGUGGUACAGACCUUAGAAUGACGUUUGCUCUUUCUCUGGCAGGUUAUGGAAUAUAUUCCAUUAUAUGCAUCUCAGUUAACAUGACUUAGAUAUGUAAUCUGAUAGCACUGGAAGGGGCUGGGUUUCUCAUGUCAUAAAAAGGGGAAAUCGAUCCCCAAAUUAGGAAAAAAGAGUGUUUUUUUUGUCAGGUGUUUUGUGGUUUGUUUUUUUCUUUUAAAUUUGUAAAUAUAGAUUUCUGAAAUGGGUGGAGCCAAUUUAAAUAGACUACUUUACUUGAUCGCAGAGGAGCUGUCACCUGUGGCCACCUAUUAUUUGUGCCAUGAAACCUCUUAUUUUGGUUGUAGGCUAGCCAUCUCAGAAACAAUAGAAUUUUGCCUGUGUGGUGGAGAUUAUUGUGUCCACGUUUUGGUGGCACUUGAUACCCCACUUCCCUGUAUCUACCAUUUCUUAUGAUCAUGGUAACCAAAUUAAAAAUAAGUUGUUGCAGAUAUUUUAAAAGCAACAUUUAAUAAAGCUGAAUGAAUGCCAUUUAAUUUACAAUGUGUUAUCUAUCACUGGGAGUGAGCUCUAACCACAUAAAUUUAACUCUAUACUCAAUGUAAAUUAGGCCACUCAGAUACAUCAAAGUAAUAAGUAUUUCAAAUUCUUAUUGGAUCAGUGAUUAUGCAGCAGAACACAAUAAUUCCUAUACACCUGUUCUGGAGGGUGAAACAUGACAUGCUGGCAGAAUGUUAGUUCUUACCUACAGAUUGUAUUUUAAUUUAAAAAACAUAAUAGAAAAGUUUGGCUGCCAAAAGAUUUCAGUACAUAGUGAAGGGCAAAUAAGAAUGAUUUCCAAAGCUGAAAGAACUGUAACUCACGUAAAAGCUGAUUCAAUAUGACAGUAAUUUGAAACACUCACAGAUAUGUAACUAAUGUCCUCCUUUUAAAGAAUAGAACGUAUUUGGCGCUGUAUAUGUGUGCGGGUGGGGUCGUACAGCAAUUAAACAGUGCAUUCUUUACAUCCUGUUCUUUUCAGCAUAACCUCCUAGUGAUAGGCUGAAAGGCCCCUUUAGGAGUUCAUGAAAACAAGAUGGCAAAGCUACAAGGCCUGUCAUUGCUACAAAUUCAUUGGGUUCAUGCGUCUGUUGUAGCCACAGCAUAUUAUUGAGGAUUGCUUCAUGGGGUAUAUUCAAUUAGUCGGAAAAUCGGCACUAAUUUGACCUCAGUAUAUUUAAUAGUGGGCAUUUUCAUUUUCGCCCAAGGCCUUUUUUUUUUUGGGAUCGGCAUAGGCGAAAAUAGAUCUAAAAACUGUUGAAAAUUCGACAAAACACGUGGAUCAGCGGCAACUUCGCCGAUCCACGUGGUUUUCUCCCAUGCCGGAUUAUUCAACCAGUCGAAAAAAACGGCACGGGCAUUGAAAAGGUCAAAUAAAAAAGGGUCAGUCGAAAAAACUGCUCUAAUUGAAUACUCCCCUAUAUUAUUUACCUAUAUUGUUGAUAGAACAUCUAACAUUUUGAAAUCUAUAGGUAUAAUAUGAAUCUCAGACCUGCAACAACUUAGGGUUCUAUUUGUUAUUAGUUCACAAAUUGAUUAAACAACAAGCAUUACCUGUGAUAUUGGGAUCAACAAUAAGCAGAAACAACCAGAUUUAAAGUAACCUCUUCUUGGGUCUACUUACUAUAUUGAUAGGUCAGGUCAGCUUUGUCGAAAACGGGCAAAACCUGUCUGGAAGGCCCGCUAAUUGAAUACUGACCUGUUGGAGAGGAUCCGACAGGCAUUGAAUAGACCCCAUUGUAGGAAGCCAUUUAAAGCAGCUAAAUGAGGAUUAAGACCAAUAUUUGAACACUAACAUGGAUAAAUAGUAUUUGACAUUUUAAAUUUGGCUUGGUAAAAAUCUGUGAAUGCUACAAAACUCGUGCAUAUUGGAUCAGUGAAAGAUUCAUCAGCCCUAUCACUUCUAUCAUGGUUAUUUUUUUUUAUAUAUAUAAUUUAUGAAGAGUAUUUAAUAUAGAAUAGUGGCUGACCGUUUGACACCUAUGUUAAUCAAAUAUCUUAUUUAAAUUUUAAAAUAGUGUUUCCUUAUUGUAACUAGAUAAAAACUGAUCUCUGCAUCUACAAAUUAACAAUAAUGUUGUAAAAUACUAGGAUUCACUUUUCUAAAAUUGGACUGGUGCAAUAAAGUUUUGAGUUUUUCACACAAUACCUGCAGGGGUUUGGUUACGGUAGUAAAUGAUCUGUUGUGAACAUGUUGAGACUGUAGAUUAGUGACAGACUUCUGCUGAAUUAUAUGACUGGGAUAUGGAGGUACAGCAGAGUUAAGAGAUCUGAAAGUUUGAUACGCGUGAUUUUUUUUUUCUAUUUCCUCUUAUUUUCAAGCUUUUUUGGAAUUCUAAAAUACCGGUCACCCACAGAGUGACAGCAGCCAUUUUGUUACACACUUAUCAUACAUGAUAAUGGAGGCCAUCCAUGCAGUAGGAACCGGUCACAUCACUGAGACAUUUUAUGAUUAAUAAAUAUAAAGGCCUGGCUCCUAGUGAAGGGAUGAGACUGAAUUACCACAUGUAUUGGUUCAGUUACCAAAAUGGCUGCCUCUACUCUACGCAGGCAACAGGUAACUUUAAGCAAAAUAUAUUUUUUCUUCUCUCAAUGGUUCAAAACAAUGUUUUCUUUUCAGUUACUUUGAAAACUUAAAUUUAUAUAUAUAUAUAUAUGUCCUAUUUUAAUUAUUGUUUGAGAUUAUUUUUUUAUUUUUAUUCUUCCCUCCCACCUACACAAUCCAUAUGUAUUGUGCAAAGUACCAACAGGGGACGGACAGACUUGUCAGUCCAUUUAUUUUAAUUUCUUUUUUUGUAAAAACACUGAUUUGCAUGUCUUCAUUUACAUAAUUUUAGAUGUAAAGCAGCUAUUUAAAAACAAUACAAAAACUUUAAUAGUUUAUUACCCUGAAUCCGUCCCUGCCACAAAGUAACUUUGCUUUGUAUUUCUGGCUAUGGGAGAAGCACAUCACCUUUUAUUGAUUUAGUAUAAUAAAUGGAAUUUUUGAAGGAAAUGCAUGAAAAUCCAUUAUUAAGCUUCAAGGCCCCAGGAUAUAGUAAUAAUGAUAUUAAGGGCAUAUUUAAUAACAAGUGAUAUUCUUGUUAUCAACCAUUACUGAUCUUAAAUGGUGCUCCAGCCAAUCAGCUCCUGUCAUUUUUUUAAAUCAUGGCAGUUAGUAGCUGAUUGACUGAAGCACCAUUUAAGAUUAGUAAUGAGUGAUAAUAACUAUCACUUGUUAAUAAAUAUGCCCCUAAAUUACCAUUUUGGAGAUAUUAUGGUAAUUGUAUGUUAUGGUGAAAGCUGAAUCUGAGUAAAGGAAGUGGGACUGGUUGAGUAAUGUAGGGUUUAUAUAGGGUGCUAAUUACAGGGCAGUAUGUUAAGUACCCUGCUAGCCCCACAAAUAUGUAUCUAAUCUGAUCGCUCUUCAUUAUCUAUGAUCCACACUCUUCAUAUAAAUCCAUAAUAUAAGGUUUGCCCUUUAAGUGCCUACAGAAAUGAGUUACAUUGCUGCUCUUAACUAGUAUUUGUGUUCACCAAUAACGUUGGAUGUUUCUUUAUACUGGUGUAAAUCCCUGACUUAUGUUGUUAAUGAUCAUAUUCUCAGCCAGCAUUUGUAAAAGAUCUGGGGUUAGAUUUACUAAAACUUCUAAAAAGAACAAGUGGAGAUGUUACCAUUAGCAACCAAAUUAGAUUACAUCUAUCAUUUAUCUAGUACAUUCGCAAGUGAUACUAAAACUCAAACCAUAUUUUUUGCUUUUCACACAGGGAUUACCAUUUACAACAUCCAUUUUACCUGAUAGAGAAAUGGGUGGAUGGUAUGGAGUAAAUGAUGUAAAAUCCUGGUCUCCAGAAUGGGUGGUCUUCAGGCUCCCGGCGACUAUCAUACUGGCGCUGGAAUCCCGACCGCCGGCAUACCGACAUCUUUUCUCCCUCUUGGGGGUCCACAAUCCCCCUGGAGGGAGAAUAGAUACACGCGCCACUGUGUCCGCAGCGUGGCGAGCGCAGCAAGCCCGCAAGGGGCUCAUUUGCGCUCGCCCAGCUGUCGGUAUGCCAGCGGUCGGGAUUCCGGCGCCGGUAUGCUGGUCGCCAGGACCCUGACCUCUGGCAAUCCAUACUACACCCUCCAGAAUAACAUUGCUGUUCAGUCUGUUACUGAGCAUUUCCUCCUACUCAUUCUGAAGAGGACUACAAAGUGAGCGAGUAGGGGGUUAUCACUUGCGUCAUCUGAGCAUUCUAGAUAUACCUGUAUACCAAUAUAUUGGAACACCUGCAAUCCUUCGUAAUACAAUUUAUUUGAAGGCUAGCCAGACUCACUAUUUGCAGGACAUUUCUAUAGGUGUGUCUGUUCCAGAUAACGGUUUCAUCCAGACAGGUGUUAUUUGUUUUCGAUUAUAGAUGUUUUUGUCCUUUUUUUAAUGAUUAGCACAAUGUCGUUCUUCUGAACCUACUGUAUGUAGAAUCCCAUACAUAUAAAUCUGUGUUUCCCAACCGAGGCAUAAUAACAGUCCUGAGUUUGGGAAACUCUGCCAUAGACUAUACUAGAAAUAAAUAAUAUUUAUUUCCUAUUAGUUUGAAAUACAGAUGCUAGCUGGCAGUACAUGCUUUUCGAUGCUCUGUUGAUGUCAAGCAUUUGCACCAUCCAUACAUAGUGUGUAACUUGUAGCAGUUAGCUCAGCCAUUUUAUACAGGCCAUAUAUAAAAUAAAUAUACUGUAUGUUUUUAUUAGUUCAGAUGUGCAUGGCAUUGGUGCAGUUUUUGCUAUGCAUACAUCUGACCUUGCUGUGAUACAGCCUGUAUGGCUAGUAACCCCUAUUUGUCCCUGAAACACAAAGAGAAAUUGGUUCUCCCACAAAGCUAAGUAGCAACUUUAAACUAUUUUUUUGGCAAAGUGGCUUUCACACCCAACUCUCAGUAGCCGCUGUCUCAAACUCCAGAAAUGGUGAAAUAAUAAACUUUUAUGGGCAUAUCCAUGUAGUACAUUACAUAUGUUCCCUCUAAUUCUGGCUACUGAGAAUUAAGUCACUUCAUUGAUGCAGUGGUAUCUGAUUGGGUUAAAAUAGAAAAUGUGCCAGUAAGAUAUGAUGGGUAAUAAUCUUCCCCAUAACACACUGCUCCUUAAUAACUAUGACUUUUUAUUGUGUUUUGUGUAUGUUCUGGACAUUAUGCACAAAAAUGUAAGACUGCAGGAAAUGUCUAAAAUAAAACAUUGCCAAAUGGAA